AUGGCAAUAGUGGGGAGAAUGAUGUCCUACAGCGGAAAAACGAAAAAGAGGCUUCUUAUUAUCGAUAAAACGUUUUGUUUGGAAAACACACUUCCUCCUUCCUUCCCGUUACUCCAUUGUUGCUCUCGUCCUGAAUGCCGAGGAAUAUCGCACAAGAGAUCACUAAACCUAAGCAGAAAAAAUGGAACAGUAGUUUCUCAAAGCUCCACAUACCAGGUGGCAUUACCAGUGAGAAGAGCCAUUGAUGGAAAUAAAGGCCAGACAUACGAAGAGUGUUCACACACAGCUCUGGGACAGUCCAUAGCUUGGUUCCAAGUGGACCUUGGGGGCGAAUAUAGUUUGAAAUCUGUGACAAUAUACUACAGAAAUGAGACUAAUUGGCCUCCAUAUCGAUUUCGGCAGUUCUACUUAGAUGUAUCAAACGGAUCGGCGGGCUCCACUAUAACCUUAACGUCACAGAGGAAACGCUGUUACAAGGACAACAUAACCGCCCCGGCCACGCCUCCAGCCGUGAUUGACAUUCCUUGUAAAGAGACGGCGAGAUACGUCAUCGUGGAGACCACGUAUGAUGCCCCCGAAGAUAAUAUCUUGAAAGAGACUGGACCUGUGCUAGAGAUUUGUGAGAUAGAAGUGUAUGGCUGCAGUGUAGGGAGAUAUGGAGAAUCAUGUUCACCUUGUCAGGGUUGUUCAACAUGUGACAUCAUUAGUGGGGCGUGUCCUUGUAGUGAUACCUGUGUAAAUGCUGCAUGCAAUCCAUCUAAUGGAUACUGCACCGAGGGCUGUAUCACGGAGUACUGGGGAAACACGUGUAAGUCACAGUGUAGCCAACACUGCAUAGGAAACAUGUGUGAACAAGGAAACGGAACAUGUACUAAUGACUGUGCUGAGUUUCGUUAUGGAUACACAUGUGAACACCAGUGUAGUCCCCAGUGUAGUCCCCGGACUUGUGACAGGGUCACUGGAGCGUGUAGUGACUGUAAUGCUGGGUAUCACGGUCUAUUCUGUAACAUAACAUGCAGUCCUUACUGUAAGUCAGGAACAUGUGAUGCACACAACGGACAUUGCAUUGGUGGCUGUAAAGCAAACUGGACAGGAAAUCUCUGUGACAAGUGUGGCGUAUAUUUCUUUGGACCCAAUUGCUCAAAUGCAUGUAGCGUAUAUUGUAAAGGGAACCUGUGUAAUAAUGUAACUGGUUCAUGCACUGAUGGUUGCGAAAUAGGAUAUUACAAAGAUAAAUGUAAGUGGACAUGCAACCCAGGCUGUAAAAACGGAUGUAACAAGAAUUCUGGUAGUUGUGAUAAUGGCUGUAUCGAUGGAAAAUAUGGAAACGAAUGUUACGAUGUUUGCAGCGUUGGCUGUAUUUCAAACUGUGAGCGCAUGACAGGGAAUUGUAUGUGUAAAAGGGGAUGGCAAGGAGAAAAAUGUAGAGAAUGCAGUCCAACCUUCUACGGCCCGUCCUGUGAGGAGGAGUGUAGUCCUCAUUGUUAUAAUGGGACGUGUUACGUAAACAAUGGGUCCUGUAUUGACGGGUGUACUAGAGACUAUACGGGCGAUAAAUGUACACAAGGUCUGUAUGAGACUUCACCAGAAGAUCACGGAACCGCCAUUGGCGCCGGAGUGGGAACGAGCAUCUUUGUUGUAAUUGUAGUAGUUGUCGGAGUCGUUACACUCAGACUGAGAAGAAAAAGAAAUGACAGUUCCAAAGCACAAAAAGAUGAAAGAAAAGAAAGCAAAAUUACGUAUGAAAAAGAACGCACAAAUGCAAAUCGUCAAGAUCAUUCACUUCCGGGUAAAGACCAUUCACUUCCGGAUUCACAUGUGCAUUUAGGAAAAAGACCAGAAAACCUAGAGACACAGGAAAUUGGAUUAUAUGAAAUCAUGGACAGUGGUAAUGAAGAUAGCAAAACAUACGAGAAUGAUGCAAAUGCAAAAAGUGUUACCCCAGUCACAAAUACCAGCAAUGAUGCAUCAGAAGAAAAUGGAAAUGUGUAUCUGGUAAUCAAUGAAAGCCAACUAAACAGUUCUCAUUAUGAUGAACUUCAUGUUCAGAAUUAAAUUGUUAGGUCAGCUGAGUCGAAUGUUCAGUUGAGCUUUUCUGAUAAAAAUAUGUCUGUUGUCUGUCGUUGGCGUCAUCGUUGUAAACUGUUUUAUAUCUUCAUCUUCUCCAGAACCACUAGGUCAUUUUUUUUCAAUCAAACUUGGUACAGAUUUUCCUUAGGUAAAGGAUAUUCAGGUUUGUUCAAAUAAAGGGCGAUGUCCCCUUCAAAGGGGGGAUAAUCACGAAAAUGCAAAAAUAAGAUGGGACAUUUGAAAAUCUUCUCAAGAACCACUGGUCCAGCAGAGUUCAAAUUUACAUGAAAGUUUCCUGACAAAGUGCAGAUUUAAGUUUGUUGAAAUCAUAUCCCGGGGAUUUGGGUGGGGCCAUUAUAGGAGAUCAAAGUUUUACAUGUGAAUACAGUGAAACUUCUCCAAACCGGCCCCUCAGAAUACCGGUUCUCCCUGAAUAUCGGCCGAUUUUCAAAGUCCCGGCAGAAAUCUUAACAUUUCCUUACAAAGAAAGUCUUACAAAACCGGCCACUCCUGAAAACCGGACAUCGGCCAUUUUUUUAAGGACAUUUGUUUACAAACAUGUGUAAUUUACCCUUAACAUACCGGCCACUUUUUGAAGACAAGAAAAUCUUGGCCAAAGGUUAAAUAAGAUCGUCCAUGUGUGCAAAUUGACUGACCGACUGGCCAGGUAUGAAAUUAUCCAUUGUGAAAAACACUAGUGGCCUCUUCAAUUUCUAUUGUUUACCUGUGCUGUCAAGCGUGUUAAUUGACACGUAGCUAAUCCAAGAGACCCUUCCAAAUUAUGUACAACAUGUAACAGACAGUUAGGAACAUUAAUUAAAUGAAUACAGUAUCAAACGCCAUAUUGUUUUACCAUACUUUCGUAUGGAUAUAAGCGGUAGUUAAUAAAGAACAAACCCAUGACUGUUAUUGAUAAUUAUUAAAAGAUAGAUUAAUUUUCUUGGUUUCCAUAGACUUAAAAUUCCAAAGAAAUAUUCAAAUUACAAUUUCAUAUUUACUACUGUACUUUUUAAAAACGUCUAAACAAAAUUGUUAAUGACAUAAGCGAUGAAUGUAAACAGAGUUUUUAUAGGUAAGAGGAAUUCCAAUAAUAGGCCUCUGUGUUUUCUUUAUGUAUCCUGUUAUAGAUUUUCAGUUUAAAAUUAGAUGAUUUCAGCGAGAAUAUUUCUUGUAAUUCAUAAUUAUCUUUAGGUACAAGCGGACUAAUUUGAUCUCCACCGAUAAUUAAUGAUAGAUCACCAGAUCAAAGUGAGCAGUACCUACUUUGUGAAUAUUGAGAUAAAAUGUCUAUAAUUGCUAAAUUCUCGGUAUACCGGCCAUCCCUCUAAACCGGCCGUUUUUAUCGGUCCGAGAGCCGGCCGGUUUAGAGAAGUUUCACUGUAUAUAGGAUAUUUUUUUUUCUCAAGAAGCAAUGGAUCAAAACACUUCAAAUUUACAUGGAAGCUUUUUGCCAUAGGACAGAUUCAGGUUUGUUAAAAUCAUAGCCCCCGAGAGUGGGAUGGGGCCGCAAUAGGGGAUCAUAGUUUUACAUUUAAGUAUACUGAAGAAAUCGUUUAAAAUCUCUCUCAAGAACCACAGGGGGAGAAAAAAAAUCAAGUUUACAUGAUUGAUUGUUUGAUGUUUUCCACCACACUCAACAAUUUUUCAGUUAUCUGGUGGUGCCCCGUUUUUAUUGGUGGAAGAGAGAACCCAGAUAUAAUGUACUUGGGAAGAAACUACCGACCUUCCGAAAGUAAACUGGGAAACUUUCGCACUUACCGGCGCGAGUGGGAUUCGAACCCGUGUCGACAGAGGUGAGAGGCCGUGUGAUUUUGAGCGCGAUGCUUUAACCACUCAGCCACGGAGGUCCCCUAAGUUUACAAGAAAGCUUCUUGAUUUACAGUAGUGUAAAUUCAAGGUUAUCAAAAGUAUGGUUUCUGGGAGUAGGGUGGGGCCACAAUAGAGGAUAAAAGGGUUAUAUGCUAAUAUAUAGGAAACAUCUUUUUAAAUAUUCCUUGAACUAUUUAAGUUAGGGCUGUAUUAUUCUGUAUAUGUAUUCUUUACGGAAAGAUUUUCCAUGUGAUGCAGUGGUGUAUGAUCUUGUGACAUUGACCUGGAAGUUUGUCCUUUUUAAAAUAAACAUGUGGUCUAUUCAAUAUGCCCUGAACGAUUAAAGAAGAUCUUUCAUAUCUUGAAUCUUUAUUUUUUAUGACAAGACCUUUUAAUUCAUAUAAAGACCUUUUGACCUUGAACUCGGAAAAAACUCACCUAUUCAUUACUAUAUAUAUUUCAAAACCUUUCAUUUUAUACUAUGACCUUAUGACGUAGCCUGAUAAAUAUCUUGGUCCCAAGAUAUUUAUCAGGCUACGUCAUAAGGUCAAAGGACAUAUUAUGAAAUAAAUGUUUUGAAAUGUAUAUGAUCCUAUCAAGGUAGGGCUUUCAUUUUUGUAUAUAGAUUUUUGAUGACAAGACCUGAUGAUACAACUGUAUUUGAUUUGGUGACCUUGACCUAUUUCUUUAAAAUCUGCUCUAAUCAAUAUCUCCUGAACUAUUCAUAGUAAAGCUUUUAUAUUUUGUAUAUAGGUUUUUUAUGACAAAACCUUAUACUUUGGUGUUUAACCUUGUGAACUUGACCUGGAUAUUUGACCUACUUCUGAUAAAAAUCUGUUUUAUUCCGUAUCUCCUGAACUAUUUAAGAUAAAAUUUUGUAUUUUGUAUUUACAUAUAUAUUUAUUAUGGCAAAAUCUUUCAUAUCAUGCCAUGACCUAUAACCGUGUGACCUUGCUCUUAUCCAGAACAGCAAGGUCAUGUCAAUCAUAUUCGUGUUGAGGCAUCGAUCUUUGUGUUAAUUCAUUUUCAAUUAGUUUGUGAUCCUUUAGGGCUAGGUUGGGACAUCAAUGUAGGCUCAAAACUUUUUACUACCUUUUUGCAGUUUACCAGCUCUCUGUAUCAAAUUUUAUUUGUUUUUUAUUUGUAUUAUUUGUGUUGUUAACCGUCUAAACACAUGUACAAAUAAGCGUAGUAAACUCAUAUAGGGAUACAGACAUUGUUAAAAGAGAGAGAGAGAGAGAGAGAGAGAGAGAGAUUACGUCUCGUUUGUUCUAUUGAGCAUCAAAAUUUUCAUUAUCACCAUUUUUAUGUUUCAUAAAAGCUUCUAAAUAGAAUAUUGCCAAACUAAUGCUCAAUGAUUUCUCAGUACAUCUUGCUGUAUAAAUAUAGUACUUCAACCAAAGGAAAAGAGUAUUUCGUAUAUGCAUAUAAUAUAUUUUUGGUACAAAUUGUUAAGAAUCUAUUUUAUUUUCUAAGUGAAGUUGAAACUCAUGAACAUCAUCACAUGUCCACAUCAUAUAUUCUAUUGUUUAUCCUAUCUGUGACAAAAACUACACAUCUUAGAAUUUACAUGUUUUUAAUUUUGGAUAGAAACGAGUUUGUUCUGUUAAUUAUUCUGUAUUGAAACUAUUAGUGUUUGCAGUUUUUAUUUAUUUUCACAGGUAAUUUCUGGAUAUUUUCCAUUCUCUGUUAUUUACUGUAUACAGGGUAAUAUUCGCCCCCGUUUUAUUUUCGUCCGUUUCGCCCACGUUGUCACUGGGCAAAUUUAAGCGUUGGUGAAACUGUUUUCUCUCAUAUCUCUUUUAACACAACUAUGUCUGGGCGAAUUUAAAAUGGGGCGAAACUGUCUGCACGUGUAGAAAGGCGAAUAUAACACAGGGGAAAAAUAACCCUAAAUACAGUAUAUCUAACAGCUCACUCCAUCGUAUUGUAUCUGUUGUCACUGAAGAUUUCUUGUUUAAAAGAUGCAAACGAAGUUUGAUUUUAUUUCUUUUUUUUUCUUUUUUUACAUUUUAUUACUUUGCAUAUUUUUCUUUAAUAAAUGGAUUUGGUAAACUGUCAGA